UCUUCUCCACACUCCUCUCUCUCUCUCUCUGUGUAUUCCGUACACUCCCAAACCUCUAAAUUCCCCAAUUCCCGAAACCCUAGCCGCCGGAGAUGCCUACGCGGGCGAAGCGGACCAGGAUUUGCAGCUCGCCUAGCUCCGGGGAGGCCGGCGUGAUCCGCCAGCUCCCGCCGAAGGAGCCGGAGCAGUCCAAUUGCCGGUUCGCGGCUUUCGGAAAUGUUGUCAGUUCUGUGAAGCCAUCGCGGGAGGAAGCACGUAGAGAUCAUGCUCGGCCGGCGAUUCUGACGGUGUCGUCGCCGGAGAUUGUUUUUAUGGAGCCCGCGGCGGCGCAGGUUGAUCAGUUCCUCGACGAAUGCUACUUUUGCCAGAAGAGGAUCCCUCAAAACGCUGAUGUGUUCAUACUUUUUGGUGCAUUCUGUUCGGAAGUGUGCCGUUUCCAGCAAAUUUACAAGGACAAGGUAGCGGAGCAAGCACUUGUUAAAUCAACUAGAACCGCCAUCAACGGCACGAAGAGCAAUGUGAAUGGCUCAUGAGUAGGUAGAGAGACCAACUUGGUGGCGCAUGGCUAUCAUAUUUUUGAGAUUUGCCUGCGCUUUUGGUUGUCACAGUUGUAAGUAUUUUGCAUUUAAAUUGCUUCAUUUGGGUUAUCAGUAGGUUAUAUAUAGUAGUAACUAGCUCCAUUUAGGAUCAGAAAUAAGAAGUUGGUUAAUUUUCUUUUGAAGUACGGAAUGUAUUGCCAUAUUUUUGUUUCGGCAUUCAAAUGGAGCUAGCAGAGCUGUGGUCAAGAUUUCCUCAGAUACGAGUUAUAUAAAUGAUAAGAAUCGUAAACAUGUGCAAAACUUAGCCUGCCUUCUUUCAUUGAGUUUGUUUCUUAUCUGCAACUUUAGGUCUUACGACUUUGGUUUGUUAUUCUGUAGUAUACAUGUUUUCCUCAUGAAGGAAGGAUUACUUUGUUUUUCUCCCUACCAGAAUGACCAUCUAAUUUUCAUAUCUCAUGAGAAUUUGGAGUGUGUAGUCAAGAGCUUGCUUGUUGGAAGUCCUUAUUCAGCAUUUAUGUAUGUAUAUACAUACAAACAUAUAUGAGCAAGCUUUCACUUCAGCCUUGAUAUCUAAUGUUAUAUGUAAACUGGUAUAUAGAUUGCAG